AUGCUCCCAAGCUUUGAGAGGAAGAUGAGCGUGCAGGGCACGAGCUCGCCGGUAAAUGAUAAAAUUUCAAUGAAAGAGGAAGACAAAGUAAUUGUUUCCACAGAUGAAGAAGUGACUACAGUUGCUUCCUCGAGCAAAUCAAAUCAAAUAUCUAAUGAUUCGCCAUGGCAAGACCCCACUUAUUUUAGUUCCUUCGGCAAGGAACUAAUGUUCAUAGGCACAUGCAUGCUAGCACAACUGCUAAAUCAAGCGGGCCAAACACACGCACUCUGUAUAAUGAAUGUACUUUCAAAAUCUUUCGGUUCAGAGUCCAAUAAUCAGGCAUGGUUAAUGGCAUCUUUCCCCUUGGCUGCUGGCUCUUUUAUCCUCAUUAGUGGGAGGCUGGGAGAUAUUUAUGGAUUGAAAAAAAUGUUAAUGAUUGGUUAUGUCAUCAUAAUUGUUUGGUCAAUCAUCUCGGGCCUUUCCAAAUAUUCUAAUAACGAUUCAUUCUUCAUUACAUGUCGUGCAUUUCAAGGAGUGGGAAUUGCCUUUAUUCUACCAAAUAUUAUGGGGCUGGUUGGCCAUGUUUAUAAGGUUGGUUCUUUAAGGAAAAACCUCGUCAUUAGUGUCAUUGGUGCAUGCGGUCCGACAGGAGCCCUGUUUGGGGGGGUAUUCGGAGGAUUGAUUGUCACUGAGGACCCCAACCAGUGGCCCUGGGUGUUUUAUGCCUUUGGUAUUGCAACGUUUAUCAGUAUGUUAAUGGCCUGGUAUUCUAUCCCAAAUAAUGUACCAACAAAUGUUCACGGCCUUUCUAUGGAUUGGACCGGUUCCGUUCUUGCUGUUAUCGGAUUGAUUCUCUUCAACUUUGUUUGGAAUGAAGCCCCAAUAGCAGGUUGGGAUAAAGCUUAUAUUAUUGUUCUGCUGGUAGUCUCGGUGUUUUUCCUUGUUGCGUUUUUUGUUUAUGAGAUUAAAUACGCCGAAGUUCCUCUUCUACCACAUGCAGUGACGAAGAACCGUCAUAUGAUUAUGAUUUUGUUGGCCGUAUUCGUGGGAUGGGGUUCGUUUGGUAUCUGGACAUUCUAUUACGUUUCGUUUCAACUAAACUUGAGGCAUUAUAGCCCUGUUUGGACCGGUGGUACGUAUUUUGUUUUUGCUAUUUUUGGUACUAUUGCUGCAUUUUUUGUUGCCUUUUCCAUCAAGAGACUAGGGCCAGCUUUAUUAUUAUGUUUCGCCCUGAUGGCAUUUGAUGCCGGUUCGAUAAUGUUUAGUGUGUUGCCAGUAGAGCAAAGCUAUUGGAAGUUAAACUUUGCAAUGCAGGCUGUAUUAUGUUUUGGUAUGGAUCUAUCAUUCCCUGCUUCAUCGAUUAUAUUAAGCGACGGUCUACCAAUGCAAUAUCAAGGUAUGGCUGGUUCAUUAGUAAACACAGUUAUUAAUUAUUCAGCAUCUCUAUGCCUUGGAAUGGGAGCUACCGUUGAACAUCAAAUCAAUAAAAGCGGAAAGAAUGUGUUGGAAGGUUACCGGGCUGCCGUAUAUUUGGGCAUUGGGCUAGCUUCUCUUGGUGUCCUUAUUAGCGUCACUUACAUGCUUGAAACCGUCUGGAAUGAGCGAAAAAAGUGUCAGAGGAAAAGUCUCGAAGCAUAA